AUGGCUUCAAAAUUUGUUUUCGAAAUAAUUUUAUUUUAUUUAAUGGCAAAAGUAUCAAAGCCACCCAAUAAAAUAAAAUCAACUCCUCAAGAUGUCUACAAACGAGAAGGAAUCAUUGGAAUGGUUAUGUAUUUUUUGAGAGUGGCUGGAGUAUUUCAGUUAUCGUUAUAUAUGAUAUACGGAUUUUAUGUUUAUCUAAUUUAUCAACAAGAGUAUAGUGGAAAGUCGGAAUAUACUAAUAAUGAUUUACCAAUAUUAUCAGAAUGGGAUAAUACAUUUAUUAUAGUUUCUAUAAUGAAAAUUAUUGGAAUGGCAUUAAGAUUAUGGUGUUAUAAAACUCUUGGUGAAUUUUUUACUUUGGAUCUAACUAUUCAAAAGGAUCAUAAAUUAAUUACCCAUGCCUCUCAAUUUGCACCAUUUGUUAAAUUAUAUGAAUCAUCAUUAUCACCAAUGAUUUAUUCAAUAUUUUCAUUCUUACUAUUAAUGUGUCAUCCAUCAUCAACUGCAUUUAAAUUUUUAACUACACUAGAUGGAGAUUAA